AUGUCCCGUCGCCGGGUGGGCCCCGGGCGCCGGAGGGGGCGUGUAGGGCGCCCACUAGGUGUUCUGGGGGUAGACGAGGUUGGUGCCGGGGUGGGUCUGGCCCGGGCUCACUUUGAGAAGCAGCCGCCUUCCAAUCUGCGGAAAUCCAACUUCUUCCACUUCGUCCUGGCCCUCUACGACAGACAGGGCCAGCCCGUGGAGAUCGAGAGGACAGCCUUUGUUGGGUUCGUGGAGAAGGAAAAAGAAGCCAACAGCGAAAAGACCAAUAACGGGAUUCACUACCGGCUCCAGCUCCUCUACAGCAAUGGGAUAAGGACGGAGCAGGAUUUCUACGUGCGCCUCAUUGACUCCAUGACAAAACAAGCCAUAGUGUAUGAAGGCCAAGACAAGAACCCAGAAAUGUGCCGAGUCUUGCUCACACACGAAAUCAUGUGCAGCCGCUGUUGUGACAAGAAAAGCUGUGGCAACCGAAAUGAGACUCCCUCAGAUCCAGUGAUAAUUGACAGGUUCUUCUUGAAAUUUUUCCUCAAAUGUAACCAAAAUUGCCUAAAGAAUGCAGGAAAUCCACGUGACAUGCGGAGAUUCCAGGUCGUGGUGUCUACGACAGUCAAUGUGGAUGGCCAUGUCCUGGCAGUCUCUGAUAACAUGUUUGUCCAUAAUAACUCUAAGCAUGGGCGGAGGGCUCGGAGGCUUGACCCCUCGGAAGCUACUCCCUGUAUCAAAGCCAUCAGCCCGAGUGAAGGAUGGACGACGGGAGGCGCGACUGUGAUCAUCAUAGGGGACAAUUUCUUUGAUGGGUUACAGGUCAUAUUCGGUACCAUGCUGGUCUGGAGUGAGCUGAUUACUCCUCAUGCCAUCCGUGUGCAGACCCCUCCUCGGCACAUCCCUGGUGUUGUAGAAGUCACAUUGUCCUACAAAUCGAAACAGUUCUGCAAAGGGACACCAGGAAGAUUCAUUUACACAGCGCUCAAUGAACCCACCAUCGAUUAUGGUUUCCAGAGGUUACAGAAGGUCAUUCCUCGGCACCCUGGCGACCCCGAGCGUUUGCCAAAGGAAGUAAUACUCAAAAGGGCUGCAGACCUGGUGGAAGCGCUGUAUGGGAUGCCACACAACAACCAGGAAAUUAUUCUGAAGAGGGCCGCUGACAUCGCAGAGGCUCUGUACAGUGUCCCCCGCAACCACAGCCAGCUCCCGGCCCUCACCAACACCUCGGUCCACGCGGGAAUGAUGGGCGUGAAUUCCUUCAGUGGACAACUGGCUGUGAAUGUCUCGGAGGCGUCACAGGCCACCAAUCAGGGUUUCACCCGCAACUCAAGCAGCGUGUCACCACACGGGUACGUGCCGAGCACCACCCCCCAGCAGACCAACUAUAACUCCGUCACCACGAGCAUGAACGGGUACGGCACUGCCGCCAUGUCCAACCUGGGCGGCUCUCCGACCUUCCUCAACGGCUCAGCUGCCAACUCGCCCUACGCCAUCGUGCCAUCCAGCCCCACCAUGGCCUCCUCCACAAGCCUCCCCUCCAACUGCAGCAGCUCCUCGGGCAUCUUCUCCUUCUCACCAGCCAACAUGGUCUCAGCCGUGAAACAGAAGAGUGCUUUUGCACCAGUUGUCAGACCCCAGACCUCCCCGCCUCCCACCUGCACCAGCACCAACGGGAACAGCCUGCAAGCGAUAUCUGGCAUGAUCGUUCCUCCCAUGUGA